CGCAGGCUGACCGGACCGGAAGUGACGUAUUCCGCCAGCUGGUGUGAUGGCGAACGCUGUGGAGUGCGGAGGCCGGAACUGCCGCCAGAGGUGAUCAACCCGCUCGCCGUGUUCCUCCCCAGCCGGGCAGCCAGGAUGCGGUAAGAAUGGAGCUCGUGUUCGGUCAUUGGAGCCUCCUUCACUGUGCGAGGGGGGUGGGAUAUCACAGCACACCGAGCUUGGUAUGAAUUAAACAUGUCCUCUGACAGUGACAGCUCACACUGUAUUACAGCACACCUCACAUAGCUUAUAGGAGAAAGGGGGGAUACACCUGGGAGAUUGAGGGGGAGGUGAUAGACCUGAAAGAUUGAGGGGGGAGGAUAGACCUGGGGAUUGAGGGGGGGUGAUAGACCUGGGGAUUGAGGGGGGGGGAGAGGUGAUAGACCUGGGGAUUGAGGGGGGAGGUGAUAGACCUGGGGGAUUGAGGGGGGAGGUGAUAGACCUGGGGAUUGAGGGGAGGCAGACCUGGGGAUUGAGGGGAGGUGAUAGACCUGGGGAUUGAAGGGAGGGGAGUGAUGACCUGGGGGAUUGAGGGGGGGGAGGUGGUAACUUUGGACCUUGGCUCUUCUCAUCGAAGUAGUUUGGAAGCCAGAUGUAUGCUUAUACAUCAGUGUGGACCUCCGUGAUGAACACCAUAAGUUCUCAAAUAUCACCCAUUGUCCAAGAAUUACACCAGCGUUUUUUUUUUUGUUUGUUUGUUUUUUUAUAUACACGAUGUUGUGGUCUGUCAUGCCCCAAUGGUUUAAAUUUGUUUUUGAGUAUUUUAUUUUACACUGUUCUGUUUUGUAUUUCUACUUAUUUGCACACUGUCAGGUAAGUUUAGCGUUUGCUGUUGAAAUUCUGGAAUUGGAACCACCCCUGCUUUUUUAAAUCCAUGCAUAUGUGCCAUAGUCUUCAUGUGUGGUUUAUAUAUAAAAUACUCAUGGACUUGACAUGCUAGGGAGUUUUUAUGUUCUUGAAACUGUGAAAAGUGCUUCCAAAUUGCAGGGUAAGAAAAACUCUAAAUACCAAUUGAUAAGAAGCCACUGUUCUUACGUACUGUCAUCUAAAAUAUGGAAACUAUUGAUAUCACCCCAAAAAUAUUUUCCCGUUAAAUCGUUUUUGUUUUGUUUUUAGUUUUAGAGAAAGUAUACUUUGAGUGUAUAUGGAAUGUCAAAAAGUGUCUGCCAUUCUUGUCAUCUCUAGAACAGUGCAAAUAAUUUGGUAGUUAAGGGAGUGAUAAAAGGGGAGCGUACCAGGAAAGAAUGAGGGGUGAUAAUAUCCCUAUACAAACAUAUUGUCAUGUAUUCCUUAUAACUGUAAUUGUUCUGCAGUCCUUGAUUUCCCUGCAAGCAUGUAGCUAUCAUUCACACGUCAUGAGUCACUGGCGUUCUAUAAUGCUGCAUCAGCACAUCUAAAUCUUUCUUGAUCGUCAUUACUGAGCUUCUUUUUUUUUUCCUGGAAGGCUAAUCCAGGUUACCUCCUUAAUCACAAAUAAAACGAGUGAAGCAGUGUGUUUUCUGUGUUGGAAUUACCUGGCAACGAUUAUUGCUUGAUCUUCCCUACAGUAUUUUUUUUAACAGAUGCGUGUAACCUGAAGCCUGUUAAUGUUGCCUAAUAGUCUUCCAUUUCCAGUGAGGUCAGAGGUUUUUGAAAAUUGACAUCCUUGACAAAAUAAAAGUGGUUGUAUUGUCACAACUGCCCGUGACUUUCAGUGAACACCUUUCUUUUCCAUGUCUUUGAAAAAUUGUGUUUAUUUAAUAGAGUGAUUGCAUUUGUUUGGUAGUAUCUUGCAGAAUCAGUUUUCCUGCCUGGUUGUGUAACAUAUAUUCUGCCUCACCUUGCGGUCUCUGCAACCAGUUGCCGUGCGCCUGCAUGAAUGACACUUGCGGCAUGUUAAUGGAUGCUGGCCGCUGCGGAUCCGCGGCCAAAUAUACCCCCAUGUCCGCUUACGUGAUUGACAAAUUUGGAAGACUUGUACAGGUAUUUAAACCUCAUUAUACCCAACACUCAUUGCCCUGUCAUGGUUUCCCUAGUGGUUGUCCGAGAGCACGUUAUUGAUUCUGGUUAUUUGACUUUGGCAUUGAUUCUGACUUCCCUGUUUUCUGGCAUCCCUGACUCAUGGCUUUACCUUAUCGUUGUGUCCCUUUCUGUAUCCCCUGACCUCGGCUAAUCCUGACUAUUCUUUGGUACGUUAGUCCGGCCAUUCUAAGGCCCGUCAUAUGUUACCUAUCAGUCACCUGUGUUACACAAUUCUACGUGCAGGGUGAUACUGUAAUCCUUAUAGGUUGUACCAGUAUAUCCCCAUUUCCACUGAGCGGUACGGUUUGGUAUGCUAUUUUAGGUGUUUCCAUUAUAAAAGGGUCCUAUACAACCGAACCAAACUGCAACACUCCUGGGCCCCCUUCAGUUGUAGGUCCAUAGGAAAAUGGUACGGUUAGGGCGGAGCUACUGACGUUAUGCGAUCCAAUCCAUUGAUUGGCGGACAGAAAAACGUCAUUGUGUCACUGCGGUCUAAACCUCGCAUGCCCCCUGGCGGACCGACUUGCAGUGGAAACGCUCACCUGUAUAGACUGGACCAUAUGUGAAUUACAUGGGCAUGCUUUGUAAUGCCUUUUUAUUUAACCUAGUGUUUGGUACAUUUGCUAUUAGUUUAGAUGGCAACGCUUAUGUAUUGAGGUUUCACAUAUGAUUGUGUAAAAAUACAAAUGCUUUGUUUAUGGAUUCUUUAUUGAGAUUUAGGGUGGAUUUAAAUUAAAUCACAGUUUAGACAGUAAGACACCAUUUAAAUCAUGAUUUUUACACAUUCUUGCUGAUUGUUAUAACCUAUAAUAUUUGCAACCAGAUGAAGAAUUUACAGUUGGAAUAAUACCUUUUCAGAUAAGUUUAACAGAUCUAUCAGAACUGAUUUUGUUAUAUAUCAUUAGAAAUACAUAGUUCACCUUACAAUAAUUUAUUGUCUAUCUCCAAUGCAAUAGGUUAAUCACUCGUUUGGAGAACAACUUACGUUAAAUUACUUCAAUUUGCAGAAUAAUAAUCGGAUUAAGGUCUUUCUGAACUUGUAUUGUAUAACUUUUUUUUUUUUUUUUUAAUUCUUUAUUUUUCAUACGAUAGGUAUAGCGGGCACAAAUCAACUUUCGGGCUUGCGCAGAAGCCAAUAUUUAAGAGGACAUUCUUAGACAUGCAAUAUAUAACAUGAGCUUACAUGACAUGCCUCUUUUUAAUCCCUUUGUGCCCUGCCUCCCAUCGAGGAUUUUAUGUUUAAUCCAGGCAAUUUAGCUUAAUAAGGAUCCCUAGCUCUACACAGGCCAGUUUCGUCUUUAGGCAUCCUCGUUUCAUCGACAGUGUAAUGAUGCCUGGGUGGGGAAAAAAUAAAUGUUGAGAAAUGGAGAAAAAAGAAUAGGAAGAAGAACAAUACCCCUGUAAACCAAGGGGUGAAAACAGACAAAAGCAAAGAGGGUCGGGGAGGAGUGAAAUGAGAAGAAGCAAGGUAAGAGAAAAGUAGCAAAGUCGAAAGAGAGGAGGAGGAAAAUAGGAAGAAAAAAGAAACAAGAUGAGCGAGGGGUGGGGAUGGGGGGGGGCGAGCGAGGCCUUUAGAGUCUAGAUCGGGCAUUCCCACCACAUAUGGAUGUACGAGGCCUUUAGAGUCUAGAUCACCAUGGGGGCUCUGUGUUGCUAGGCCCCAACUUUACUACUUACCAAUCCCUUCAGUCCCCACUAGAGCCCACUAAACUAUUGUCCCAUGGUUCCCAAAUCCUUUGGAAAGUUACGGUCGUCCCCUUUAUCCUUGCCGUCAGGUCGUCCAUGAUUCUGCAUUCUCUUAUCCUGGAUAUCACCCCUCGAAAUUCCGGUCCCCCAGGUGAGAGCCAUGCCGUUGCUAUUGCUCUGCGUGCGCUUAGUUAUCGUGUGUACCAGUUUCUGCUCUUUUUUUAGUCCAACCCUCAAUUGAUCUGUUUAACCGGUAGAUCCAUGGGUCCCUAACCAAAGGUUUGCUUAACGUCUGUUUCAACAGGUCCUCUACAGACUCCCAAAAGCUGUGUAUCUUCGGGCAUUCCCACCACAUAUGGAUGUACGUGCCUCGUAAUCCGCAGCCCCUUUAGCAAUCGUCUGUGUCUAUCGUACGCAUUUUGUGUAAUGUCACGGGAGUAUUAUACCACCUGAGCAUGGUUUUCCAUGCCUGCUCCUGUAACGUGACACAUAUGGAAGUGUUCUUGUUUGCUUCCCAUAUCUCCUGCCACUCAAUUCCUUCCAGUUCCUCCCCUAGGUCCGCUUCCCAUUGAUCAGUGUACUUCAAUCUACCCCAUUCUUUUGUUUCGGUGCUAAUAUGGGCAUAGAGAAGCAUGAUCAUGCCUUUGGGGGCGGUUCCAUCCAUACAUAAUCUCUCGUAAAAAGAUAGCUUUCCCUGGGCUGCUGUUUUUAAUAUGGGGUCUUCUAGCGAAGUCUCGUAUCUGGAUAUUUCUAAAAAAAUCUGCAGGGGUUAAAUGAUUACUUUGUUGGAGUUCUUCGAAUUGUAUGACUUCCCCAUUUCUAUACAGUUGGUGGAUAUGUUGUAUCUAAGUUGUAUCUAUGUUUCUGAAGAUUGUAUAACAUUUUUGAUGUGGAAAAAGUGCAUGUACCCUCUGCAGAUACAGGUUUCAUUUUAACUUGGAUUAAAAGAAUUAAUAAAAAAAUGUAAAUAUAGCACAAAAAUAGCUUCAUGCAUAACUAAUCUAUAUUUCAUGCUGAAAAACUGUUGGACUGUAAUAUAUCUUAAAGGACCACUAUAGGCACCCAGACCACUUCAGCUUAAUGAAGUGGUCUGGGUGCCAGGUCCAGCUAGCGUUAACCCUUUUUUUUUAUAAACAUAGCAGGAGUUUCAGAGAAACUGCUAUGUUUAUGUUAGGGUUAAUCCAGCCUCUAGUGGCUGUCUCUUGACAGCCGCUAGAGGCGCUUGCGUGCUUCUAACUGUGAUUUUUCACAGUGAGAAGACGCCAGCGUCCAUAGGAAAGCAUUAUAAAUGCUUUCCUAUGAGACUGGCUGAAUGCGCAUUCAGCCGAAGAGGAGGAGAGCUCCCCGCCCGGCGCUGGAGAAAGAGGUAAGUUUAACCUCUUUCCCCCCUCAGCGCCACGGAAGUGGGACCCUGAGGGUGGGGGCACACUCAGGGCACUACAUAGUGCCAGGAAAAAAAGUGUGUUUUCCUGGCACUAUAGUGGUCCUUUAAAUGAAAAACUAUCUUUACAUUAGACCGCUCGAUCAUUGUAUUAAGAGAUUUAAAAAAAAAAAAAAACUGAUUUUUAAAUUUAAAAAAAACAAACAUGUCCGCUUUUCUAUCUGCUGUUUAAAAAGCAGGAUGGGUGAUGCCCCAAGUGGGUCAUAGGUCAUGUCAUUUUGGUAUCACAAUUUUGACCUUCUGUCAAAGGUCAUUUAAACAUUGCAGUUAUCAGCUUCCUUUCAUACUGGUGUUGUAAUUACCACUUAAUUUCACUAUUGCUAUGUUAGGGGGGGAAACCCUAGGACCAACAAAACGAUUUAUACCAGGUAAAAAUUCAGUGUAUUUUAGAGGGAAAGAAACAUUUAUUUAGAAUUUUUUUAGUCUUUUUUAGCCAAUUUUAUGUUUUUGUCUACCAAAUAGUACAUUGCCUUUUAAUGUGUAAUUCAUACAUUUUAAGCUUUUUCUUGCGUAUUUGUUUUGUUUUUCUUGUUAUGAAAUUGACUAUUCCUCAUUAAGUAUGACACUUUAGAGGUAUGUUAGUAAUAUAUCAAUAAAUGGAUAUUCGUAACCAUAAUCAAAUAGUCCUAGAAAUGAAAUGUAGUCAAACUUUAUAAUUAAGUAAUGCGAAGUCAGUUGUUUUCAUUUUGUCAAGUUUGCCACAAGUUUUAGGUUUUGUAAAAAUGUGAUUGAUCUUUAUGUAUUAAAAUGUGCUUUUAAAAAAAAUACAUAUUUUAUUUCUCCCAUUCAGUGAUAACUGCCGGUGAAACUUCCCCUGGUAUUACUGCUUUUUAACGGUCUUCUAAGAAUGGCUGGACAAUUCCGCAGCUAUAUAUGGGAUCCAGUCCUUAUCGUAUCCCAGAUCGCCUUAAUGCAAUGCAUCUACUAUGGCUCCUUGGGACUCUGGCUUGCAGCCCUGGACUUACUGACGGCAAACAGCCCUUCCCUCGACCAGAUAUUUAAUUAUGAGAUUUUAGGAUUUUCAUCCGAUUCUGGAAGAGUCUCCAUGAUGGCUUUCAUCCUGAACUCUCUCACUUGUGCUCUGGGCUUGCUGUAUUUUAUCCGCAGAGGAAAGCAGUGCCUGGAUUUUACCGUGACAGUCCACAUGUUUCACCUGUUUGGAUGUUGGUUUUAUAUCUCCCGUCUCCCUGCUACAAUCACCUGGUGGCUUCUGAACCUUGUCUGUAUUGCCUUAAUGGCAGUCAUUGGAGAGUAUCUCUGCAUGCGAACUGAACUCAAUGAAAUUCCUCUCAAUUCAGCCCCUAAAUCUAAUGUCUAGACUUAUUAAACUCCAGUGGACGUUUGUAUCAUACCUCUCGAAAGUGUUUCUAACACUUCGCUGAUGUCCCUUUAUGAUCCUGGGAUGUUGACCAGGUUGUGGACAACUCUCCUAAAACCUAUUUUUCAUGGUCUUCAAUGAAAAGUGAAUAUGACUUUACAUUUCCAUCUUCCUUUGCACACGUUUUAUUUAACUGAUAUAGCUACUGACCGAUUUGUUUCAACUAUGUUGUGUUUGUGUUUUUCUUUUGUUUUUUAUUAUUAUUAUUAAAUGUAAAGUAAGCCCCUCUCUAACUCAUGUGGUUUAGCUUAAGUGGGGGAGUUUAAAGAUCCAAAUGAGAUCAUGUACAAAAAAAAAUGUUUAGAUCACCAGCUGUCAAAAUUUAAAUUAUUUGCAGGCAGGAAAAUAAACAGGAGGAAAUUGGUAUGAAAGAGGACAUUGGUCGUGUUCCUUUGCAAUGUUUUUUUUUAAGAUAUAUCAGGUUACGUGCAUUUUUCAUUAACUUGCUAGUUUAUUUCUUGUGCUAACCCAUUCAGUGUUAAGGAAUCUUGUGAAAAUGUCCCAUAAUCCUCUCAGUGUAAACUUUUUUUGUGUGUGUUUUUUAGCUUCAUACUGCUUAAAAUGCACAUUUUUUUUAAUUUCCAUAAUCCGCUCUAAUCUCUUACUCCAGAAAAAUACAUGAUAAUGUUCAGAGUCUGUAUUUUAACAUUAUACAAGGCAUAAUCGAAAUAUGGAAUUGUAGACGUCAGGACAUUCAGUUACCAUGUAGGAGAAUGAUGGUCAUUUCAUUCUAUAACUUGCAUCAUUUCAGUGCUACUUGAAAUUUUACAGAACAGUGUAGAUUGUAAUGUUAAGUUUGUCCGUGGGAUGGGAACCUUCUAACCUUCCAGUCAUUUGUUUUCCAUAUCAUUUUAUGAGCGAAUGUUGUUGAUGGCUUAAAACCGCAUCCUAUCGUACAUUGUUACAUUACUUCUAUAAAAUGAUGGCUGGCAGCAGGAUUCAACAGUGGCCUUUCCAGCACAUCUUUUCUCAAUAUACAGUAAUAUUUACACUGUGUGUAUAUAUAAUAUACUUUAAAGUUUAUACCUACUUGUACACACCUUUUUUUAUGAAGGGGCAGCUACUGACUGGCUUAAAGCAUCAGCUGACCACUCUAACCAAUCUGCGAUGCCCGUGCCCGGUUACACUCAGCACUGGAGAGCAACUUUUGAGGUUAAACCGUUUUGAGAAUGACUGACUGAUUUUUAAUCUCUUCAAGUAAGAAAGCACCUGUGACCUCUGGGCACCAAAACAACUUCAUUUCGAUGGAAUUAUUAUGGUGCACAUACAGUACAUUUUAAUGGAAAUCUAGGGUGCUUCUAAAAUAUAAAUACAAAUAUAUUUUAGUUUUCUCCAAGCUUAUACUUUUUAAAAGAUUUUUUUAAAUCAAAUGGUUUUUCAUAGCAGAUUGGAGUGAUCAGGAAUUGAUAAGCAUUUUUGUUGUGCAGAAAUUGCAAUCUACAAUAGUAUUCCUCAGGGUCGCCGUGGAGAACUGUAUAAUUUAUUAGUGUCUCUGUAAUCAAGGCAUCUCAACCGUUCCAACUACAACUCCGAAGAUUCUGUGGCCAUCUGACGCAUUCAAAUAAUUCCAGGAGAUGUAUACCAUCAUGUUGUAGGGGGCUAGAGUUUGAGAUCCCUGCUGUAAAUGUAGUCCUCAACAAAACAUGGAACUAUUUAGUGGUGUGACCUUUAAGUGGCACAUGUUGCUUCUUGCUGAUUAAUUUCUCAGUUUAUUCCUCACGUUUUGUCCUGGUCUGAUGAGGCUUUUUUUUUUUUUUUUAAACAUAAAAAUAUAUAUAUAUAUAUAUAUAUAUAUAUAUAUAUAUAUAUAUAAUUUUAUGUUCCAUUAAUCACUUUAAUAGUCUCAAUGAACAUGACUAAAUUGUAAAUAUAAAGGAUAGGUAUACCAGGUUUUAUGUUGGGGAGGGAUUGUCAUUCCAUGUAGAGUUUAAACCUUAACACUGAACAUUUUUUUUAUAAUAGGUACAGCUUUCCUAAAAGCAAAGUUGAUUGGCCGAUUGCUAGCUUCUGUUAUUGUAUAAUUCCAUGAAAUGUGUAAACUGUUUUUAUGGUCGGUUCUAAAAUCCUAGCAACACAAGGAUGCAUUUUAAAUUUGGUUCAGGUCAAGGAUGUAGGGAGAGGAAUAUCAUUAAAGGCUAUUUUCUGUUGACUGCCUGAAUAUGCUCUUGGGGUUAAAUAUAAAUGUUAUACAUUUUGCAUUGUACUUUUUGUAAAGUACUUAAUGGUAUUGUAUUUGCAUUUUUGAGGUUCUUUGAGUCCUAAUGAUCGGGAUAAGUAAAUAUUUGACAUCCCAGCACUUUUUCUUUUUUGAAUUUUAUCACUAACAUUUAUUCCAUCAUUGCAAAAAUAUUCCAUACUCGUGUACAAUGGGCUACAAUGUUUAAAUUGGCUGUGUGUGCGCGCGCACAUGCAUGUAAGGUUGUAUUUGAGUCUUGAAGGGAUAUAUGGGUAUCAGGAGUUUCCUGUCACUCUAUAAUCAAAGCAUCUGUAACCUGUAAUACAAGAGCAAAACCGUCAAAAUUUAAAAAAAGAGAGAACAAUAGUUCCCUUGUCUUAUCUUCACAAUUAUAAAGUUCAGUCAAUCUGUGCAUAAG